AUGGGCAGUUUGCCCCAGGUGUCCGAGAGGCUUCCUCCACCGCUGAUACUACGACUGAUGCAAAGAUACAAAGCCAUGGGGAACAAUCCACAGCAAACACAGCAAAGGCCAAGGUUGGGGCCUGGAUUGCCUCCAGCAAAGCUGGUUCCAGAUCAGAAUCCAUCAGUAAACCAGGUGCCCAAUGAGCAGGUUGCUCCACUUGAAUGGACAUUUGCAAAUUUCCCAGUUGCUUCCAAUUUCCCGCAAAACCCAUCAGAGCUGGGAGGGCCAAACAUGCAAAAUUUUCCUGGCUUCAGUGUACUACCAUUCCCCCAGAUGCUCCCAAUGGACCUUAAUUCUCUUGCUAUUCUGUUGGGGGCGUUGACCCUUCCUCAGACGCUGCCUGUUCCGGGCGUUGGAACAACUAUGCCACAACAGCUGCUGCCACCCCAACCGAUGCUUCCAAUUAUACUUGCACAAAUGGGGCCACAGGGUGCAGUGCUCAGUUCUGAAGAAAUGCCACCACAGUCACAGAUUGUUGGGGUUCUACUCCCUGGAGGAGGAUUCUUCCCUUUGGGCCAGGCUGGGGCCCUUCCUGAAGGUCCAGAAGGUAUUCUUCCAGCAAACCAGGCUGGUUCUAAUCAGGGCAACCUACCAUUUCCAGAGGGCACAGCAGCAGCCAUCCAGAAGAUUUCUCCAACAGCAAGUGAUGGUCUGAGCGAGGUUGCAAGCGGCUUAUACCCAACCCCCUCGGGCUUCAGACAGCCAAGCCCUGUGACGAAUGGCGUGUUUGCCGAACCAACUGCUGGCAUGAAUAUGGAGCCGAGUGAACUCCGGGAACAGCCUACUCCUCUCAUAAGACUUGAUAAGGACAAUAAUGGGAAGCAGCAGCACAAUCCGUCUCGGUCACAUGUGAGAGGAGACAGCUACGUGCCAUUAAGCACCGUGGAGAGUAAGCCAUUGAGAGAACCAUAA